AAAACCCUAGUUGCUGCCGCGCCUCAUCACCGUUUUGCAGGUUCAUCCAUCAUCGGAGUAGCUUCUGUUAACAAUGGCGCCUAAAGCUGACACCACAAAGAAAGGUGAUGCAAAGGCUCAGGCCUUGAAGACAGCCAAGGCUGUGAAGACAGGUUCAACCUUCAAGAAGAAGGCCAAGAAGAUCCGAACCAAGGUUACCUUUCAUCGCCCAAGGACAUUGAAGACAGACAGGAACCCCAAGUAUCCCCGCAUCAGUGCCCCACCAAGAAACAAGUUGGACCACUAUCAGAUUCUUAAGUACCCAUUGACCACAGAAUCUGCAAUGAAGAAGAUUGAAGACAAUAACACACUUGUUUUCAUCGUUGACAUCCGUGCUGACAAGAAGAAGAUCAAAGCUGCAGUGAAGAAGAUGUAUGACAUCCAGACCAAGAAAGUGAACACAUUGAUCAGACCUGAUGGAACGAAGAAAGCUUAUGUUCGAUUAACUCCGGAUUAUGAUGCUUUGGAUGUUGCAAACAAGAUUGGAAUCAUCUAAGCAAAGCAGCAAUUGUUUCAGUCAGGUGGGUGUUGUCAUUUUGACCCUAUCAUUAGUUUUGUUGUCUUGAAUAGCGUUCUGAAUUUCUUUCUGUGUUUGCUUUGAGUUACGGAUUCAAAUAUACUUCAAUAGUUGGAGCUAUUUUGUUUACCAUGGCUUUUGUUCUUCUUAACUCUUUCAUCGAUGUGAUCCUUCUCUUGUUUUGAUUUUGAUAGAGAAGGCGUUUCAAAACCU